GCUAAGCAUUGUAUGUAUUUCGAACUUAUUUCGCAUCGUACGUAGCCAACCGUGCUAAUUCAUAUUGAGUAUGAAGAUGCCUCCAUCGGGGUGAAGGUUACCAAAAGGGUGCCCGUAAUCCGGUUCGCAAGCCUCCACGUGUCGGUCGGGUGGGUACCGUUUGAGUUGAAGACGCGCGGUGUCGCAAUAGCGGUGACAUUGCAAUAGGGGAACCCGUCACCGAAGCGAAUUCACAUUCACAUUGUCCCCGCGAAUCACCUGUCUCUCCCAUCUGUCCACUCGCAUCCGUCCGGUCGUAAACCUUCCACACGAACCCCUCUCUCUGCCGCAAGUCUCCACCAGCCCCUCUCGCCCCCCUCGUGCACUUCUCGUCUCCUCCAAACAAACAAACAAAAACCCGCGGUCACCUUCGCUCGCAGGCGCUCAGUCGGUCGUCAAGCUCCUCGCGAGAGGAGCUGCUGCUGCUGCUGGAAGAUAAUGGUCGUGGCCGCGUUGGUGACCGUCGCUUGCGUGAUUUGCUGCUAUUCCUUGAAGGCGUCUGCCUCUCUGCUGCAAGACACCUUGCAAAGAUGGUCAAGCUAUGCCAAGGAAUGUCAGCAGUCACAUGACAGCGAACCGUUACUCUCAGGCGUUUAUUGCAACAGGACAUUUGACCAUUAUGCUUGCUGGCCAGACAGCUUGCCAGAUACAAAAGUGGCGAUACCGUGCCCAUCCUACCUGCCUUGGAUAGACAAAGUGGAAGGAGGAUACGUUUACAGAUAUUGCACUCGUGAUGGCACCUGGUUAACUCAAGACAACGUGACCGCGGCAUGGAGAGACCACAGCGAAUGUUUGGAUGAUGAGAACAAUAUCUCCACUGAGGGAAAAGAGACGUAUCUUCUUCAUACCUUACGUCUGGUUUAUACCACCGGAUACUCGGUCUCCCUCGCCUCCCUCGUGGUGGCUAUGGGAAUUUUGAUCAUGUUCAGGCGGCUACACUGCACAAGAAACUACAUCCACAUGAACUUGUUCGCUUCAUUCAUCCUCAGAGCCAUUUCCGUUCUGCUCAAGGACGCUGCUCUCACACACAAUUACACAAAACGACUCCAGAACGCCUCCGAUUGGCUGGGCUAUUUUGGAUACGAAGGGUACACAGGAUGCAGAGCUACUCACGUUUUCAUGCAAUAUUGCAUUGGCGCCAACUACUUUUGGCUUUUGGUUGAAGGCAGCUACUUACACACCCUGCUGACCAUGUGUGUGUUCACCGAAAAGAAACUGAUUGCAUUUUACGUUCUGCUGGGAUGGGGUACACCGAUUAUGUUCAUCAUACCUUGGAUGGUUUCAAAAUUGAUUUAUGAAAACCAAGGGUGUUGGGGAAUUAACACGUGGAUGGGCAUUUGGUGGAUUAUACGAGGACCGAUCCUGUUCUCCAUUGUGGUGAAUUUUAUCCUCUUUGUAAAGAUCAUCAAAAUCUUACUCUCCAAGUUGAAGGCACAGCAGUCAAAGUUUUCAAAUUACAAGAGCAGACUUGCCCGGUCGACGCUCACCCUGAUUCCGCUUCUGGGCAUCCACGAGGUUGUGUUCAUCUUCCUCGCGGAUGAGCAUGCCACGGGAAGAACGCGCUACGUCCGCCUGUUCAUUCAGCUCUCCUUCAGCUCCAUUCAGGGCUUUUUUGUAGCGCUCCUGUAUUGCUUCUCUAAUGGUGAGGUCCAAAGCGAGUUCAAGAAAAAGUUGCAUCUCUGGCACGUGAAGUCAAGGAAGGUAAAUGAGCUGAAGUGCUCCCAAAGUUCCUUCACCUCCAUGAAGAACUUCUCAAUGGAAGGUGGCCAAUUGUUGUUUGAUCGGAGUGGGCUGUACGUUGGUAAGAAGCGCCCGUCCAGGGCAGAGCUCUUGCACAGCAAGGAAGCAAAGCGUCGUGAAGGCAUGGGCAGCACCACCACCAACAGUAACCUGAGUGACAGUCAAGCAGUCAUCGAAGACACAGUGUGAGAUGUAGAUCAUACCACUUCAGCCCAUAUGACAAGGGUUCCGUUAAGCUACAUCGUGCUGGAUGAUAUGGGGGGGGGGGGGGGGGGUUCCAAUUUGUUGGAAUAUACAAAAACAUAUCCCGGAAAUGUGGAAUUGGAUGUUUAAGAGUGUGUAAAUAUUUAUAUGAAAAUUUAAGGGGGUUUUUUUGUUUUGCUCAGAUGACCAAUUAUAAAAUUUCGUGUGAUUUAUUGUUUAUUUAAAGUCUUAAUUCUACCUUUGCACUUAAGCGUAAAUGUUUGAAUUCAAAUGUAAAUUGCUUUUAAUUACUUAAUCACAUUAAUGAUGUUGUUCAAUUACAGUUAAAACAAGCUGUGUGUAUCUAAAUACGUGUGAUCAUCACACUCGCUACUGAGCUGGGUUUAUUUGCAUUGACGUUGGGUUCCCUGUCAUCAAAUAACAAAGUGUACCAUUUACCAUGAAAUAUAAGCGACAGUGCUCGCCGACGCGACUCAGGAUUGGGCCAAUGGUGCGUCACCAUCGGAGUCAAACCGCAUGAGACAGACGUCCGAAUUCCCAUUGCGUCCGUUGCUCGUGUUCGUCGCGUCCGUGAGGUGUGUGGAGGUGAAACAAAGACCGUGGUAACGUUACCCUCCGCCUCGCCGCUCCUCCACCGCGCACUCUACUUGUGGCUGUGCAGCUUUUCAUAUUGGAUGAGCCGCAGUAUCUCGAUGUUGUUUUUAACCCCUGCCACAAAUUCUCCCUCGGUGAUUUUAUCUGCAAACGAGAUUUGUGUGUGUGUGUGUGUAAAAGGCGUUUCGAGACGAUCUCCUUGAGGAGCCCCCACCACCACGUGAUGUUAACUGUGGUGCAGGGUCAACUCAGGACCAACACACACAACGCACUCCUGCUGAAAUAUGCACGAGCAGUAACAACAACCAGCGCCACUGCAUUAUUAUUUUAAAGCUGUAUUACAAGUUGAAUUGCCAGGGUUGGGGAUUUCACAUUUUCUUUUUUGCGAGAUUUGGCUUUUUUAUGGCUCUGGUGGAAAAAAAAAUGUUUUGCCAUAUGUUAGCCCUUAAGGGUUUUCUUGAAAAUAUGUGUGUGAAACCUUCUCCCAAACAGCCUGAGCAUGGCAAGGAUAUUGGCAUACUUUGCCUGACAGAAUGACAACACAUUUGUUCCACAUAUUCUGCACACAGCUUUGUGACAGCUCCCAGUCUCAAAAAGGUGUGAUAUUGUGGUAUCUGUGUUUUUUGUAGUUGUAUUACAUCGGCAGCAGAAAUGACAAGGCAAUUGGACACGGGUUUCAUCCUUGUUUGAAUUCACCAGUGUAGUACAUCCACCAUUAUUUCAUACUUCCACCAUUUGUGCGUGGGGUACGUUUUAUCCAAAUCCUGCUUCCACACAGUGGGGACAAAACCUAGCACUGUUGAGUUGCCUUAUGAUUCUAAAUAUAUAUAAAAUAAUAAUAAUAGGCAAAGCUUCAGCCCUUUUGAGCUGGUGGCUAUUUUAAGGCUGUGUGCAGAUUGCAUGCAUGAAUGGUCAUGUCAACAUCAUAGCAUGCAAAACGUGUGUGUGUCCUGUCUUGUUGUCUUGACACGCGUUUUGUGUUAUAAUGAUUGUAUCCGGUCUUCUCGUUCGAUGCUUAGCCUCUCUGGCUGGCGAGCAUACCUCAAAAUGUAUAGUUUCCAUAAAAAAAACCAUAAUGCCACUUUACUUUUAAAAAAUCUACUUUAUGGAUACAUAUUCUUAGGUUUUUUCGGUAAAGUCACUUAGGUAAAACAUUAAAAUUAAUAAAUUUUAAGAAUAUGAAUCCUUGCAGUCACGAAAGCUUCAAAUCUAGAAUUUAUGGAUACAAUUUCACGAUGAUCAGCCUCUUGAUACUCACUUGCUGCUCAUGACAAUACAGGGCCCAAAACGCCUGAAAUGUGACUUGUUAGUAACUGGGAGCAGGCUUUGCACACUUUCUAGUACCUUUAUUGUCACAGUCUUCCUACAGUUUCUGGAAAUGAGAAUGGCAUUGGAAGAGCUGGUGUGCUUGCAUUCACCCCAGAGUCUCAAAAACCAAAUUGCAGGAAUAAAUCAAAUACUGCCCUCCAAAUUCGAGGGCCUCAAUCUCAAUUUUAGUUUGUAAAAUCGAAUACAAUAUUGUACUAUUUAGAUUCAGCCCAAUUACAAUCCCCAGCUACCAAACUUUUGUAGGUGUAGGUUUUAAGAGAAAAAUCGAGAUAAACCAAACUUAUGUUCUCUAACAAACAAAAUAUUGGUUUUAACGAUAAGCACAGAUGUGACUAUUUCGUCGAGUUUCAGCGUUCCAUCCCUUCUAGAACACAAUUUACAUUCAGUCAGCACUCACUUAUGUUCAGCUAUAUGUAUUAAAUGACAAGGUGUAUGGAUUUAGAAAUAUCAGAAUCUACAGUGAUGUUAAUCUAUAGAAUCUACAGCGAUGUGAAUCUGAUGUGCAUAUAUAAAAUGUAUAGUAAUGCGACUACGUAAUCUAGAAAAGUGUGACUGUAUAACAUCUAUAGCGGUCAUCUACGGCGGUGUGAUUGUAUGGAAUCUAAUUGGGGAAAAAAUGUCCGUUACCCUGAAGUAAUUUUCGGUGAAACAUCACUCUUACGGGAAUAGUAAUGGCGAUUUAAAGAACAUUUAAUAUUUUAGUUGAGCGCUGAGCAUCGUUAAGUGUUGCUCACCGUUUUCCUUUUUGCCAAAAAACUUCCACAGCUUCUCUGUUCGUUUUUCAGGAGAGUUUUCGUCUUCCGGCAAGGUCUUUUGCUCUUGCAGUGGAAUCAUCUUAAAUAUCGCCUGAAAACACACACACACACAUUUUAAAGUAGAAAUACUUUACUCUACCACAGUAGGUGGCUGGACCAAAGCAGCCACAGUAAGAUUGAUGAAAAAUAUGUGCGAAUUUUGGUGCACAUUGUAUCAUUGUGUAUUUUAGUAUUCAUGUAUGUUGAACUGCUUCUUGGUUCUUUCGGUAAAGUCACGUAGAAGGGAAAUAAUAAAAUAAUAAAACAUUCUAAAAUAAAAUAAUAAAAUAAAUUUCUUUCUUAUUUUAUUACUUCCCUUCUCCGUGACUUUACCGAAAGAACCAAGAAGAUGAUUCCCUGCAGUCACGAAAGCUUUAAAUCGAAAAAUAUGUUGAACUUUUUUGUGUUUGUGAAUGUUGAACUGCUUUUGCACCGUACGUAUCCAACCGUGCUAUUAUUGUGAGCAGUAUAAAAAAAUACUCCACAAAUACUCCACAAAUCUGUCUGUCUGCCUGAUGAUGCUAGUUGUAAUUACUGGCGAAACGUCGUACUCGGAUUGUAAAUGUUGUGGAUUUUCCCUCCAACACACCGGUGUGCUGUACUAGUAACGAAUUGGCACGUUCUGUUUACGCGAAAAACCUUCCUAAUUGGCUGUGUCGGGUGGUGGCGGGUUUAACGACACAUUUAUAUUUUGCGAUCUAACCCAAAAAUAACCCUGUAUUAUGGAUUAGAAAAAAGUAUUUUGCUGUGUUCUAGUUUUGUCUUAAAAUCACUGGUAUAAUUUUUUUAAAUACACAUAUAUAUGACGGCUAC